CCCUCGCCAUGGCCCAGCUGCCUUCGGGGGGCUCUCCCGGGGCCGAGGAGGGGGUCCCGGCGCCUCCCGCGCCCCGUUGCGCGCGGCUGCGGGCCGUGGAGCCGGUGCUGCUGCUGGCCACGCUGGCGCUGGGCGUGCAGAACCCGCUUCAAACCCAGUACCUCUGGACCCGGCUGGCCAACGGCACCGGCGGGGAGGGCGGGAGCGGCGGCUGCGCCAACGGGAACGGCUCCGGGGACCCCGCCGGGCAGCAGGAUGUGGAGGCUUUGGUUGCCCACUGGAACCUCUACAUUAACCUGGCUGGCUUCUUUGUGGGCCUCUUUUCCGUGACCCUCUUUGGCCCAUGGAGCGACAGCGUGGGCCGCCGGCCGGUCCUCAUCCUGCCUGCGCUGGGCAUGGCCCUGCAGGCAGCCGCCUACCUCCUGGUCAUGUACCUCCAGCUGCCGGUCGCUUACCUCCUGCUAGGUCGCAUCCUAAGCGGCUUGUCGGGUGACUACAACCUGAUUUUGGCAGGCUGCUUUGCCUACGUCGCUGACGUCAGCGACAAGCGAGCCCGCACCUUCCGGGUGGCCGUCUUGGAGGCGUGCCUCGGCCUGGCCGGGAUGGCUGCCAGCAUCAUCGGGGGCCAGUGGCGCAAGGCUGAAGGGUACCUGGCGCCGUUCUGGCUGGUCUUUGCCGCAAGCUUUAGCGCCGCUCUCUACGCAGCCUUCUGUCUCCGAGAGUCAGUGUUGCAGAGACAGCUGGGAAGACUGUUCACCUUCCGCCAUUACAUAUCUGUGUACCACCUUUACGUGGCCCCAGGCAGGGCCUGGAAGAAGCUCGCCCUGUAUUCUCUGGCCUUCUUCCUGGUGGUCACUGUGCAUUUUGGAACUCGAGACAUCUUGAUCCUCUACGAGCUGAGCUCUCCCCUCUGCUGGGGCUCGGAUUUGAUCGGCUACGGCUCGGCCGCCCACUACCUGACUUACCUCACCAGCUUGGCUGGGCUGUGGCUGCUUCAGAAGUGUGUGGCGGACACCUGGGUGGCAGAAAUGGGGCUGCUGUCCAACAUUUUGGGCCUGGGGGUGAUUGCGCUGGCUGCCACCACCCCAUUGAUGUUCACAGGUUACGGCCUUCUCUUCCUUUCGAUGGCGGCAACGCCUGUGAUCCGCUCCAAGCUGUCGAAAUUGGUUGACGAGAAAGAGCAGGGGGCCCUCUUUGCUGCAGUGGCCUGCACCGAAGGGCUGUGCUCACUGGUGGCCACAGGCGUCUUCAACUCUCUCUUCCCAGCAAGCCUGCACUUCAUGAAGGGCUUCCCGUUCCUCUUUGGGGUCACCCUCCUCCUUGUUCCAGCUGCCAUUCUUGGGUGGAUUGAAAUCCAGGAUUCGAAACCUGAGUACAGCCACUUUGAGGACUUGCCUAGCCCAGUCGAGGAAGUGGAGGACUGACCACCAUUAUUCCAGAAUUGGUUGCCAGUUGCCCUGGUGGCUUUGAAAGCACCGACAUGGUU